CGCAGGUCAUAUCCUCCAAUCUCUGUGCCUCGGGAGUUGCAGCAGUAAACUAGCUCCCCGAUUUGUCGCCUUUGGAGCGUGAUAUAGCGGAGACGCAGCCCGGGCAGCUCAUCACUGGCAGUACGCAGUCACUUACGGCAGCAAGCACACUUCCCUUCUCCACCUCCUACACCCUACACAGCGAAGAAGUCACAAUGAGCUCUCCGAUGCAGUCCCUGGGCGACUCGCCCAUGAGCCUCCCAACCCCCGGCACGGAGCGAGAAUGCUCCGGGUUCGCAGCAGUAGCUGCAGCUGCAGCGGCAGCGGCGGCAAACGCCGGCAACCUCAACAACAACUGCACAUCCACGCAGCAGCAGCAGGGGAUGAGCAAUGGCACCUACUGCCAGCGUCGGAACAAGUCGGCGCUGGGGAAGCACCGCCACCAGCCGUACGACCGGAGCCCCGGCGGCGGGAGUACAUGCAGCACGUCGUCGGACGAGAGCGGCAACGAAGACGGCGAGACGGAUCCCCAGGGAAAGCCGGACCAGCACGUGCGGAAGAGGACGGCGGCCAACGAGCGGGAGCGCAAGAGGAUGCACACGGUCAACUCGGCCUUCGACCAGCUCCGUGAGCUGGUGCCCACCUACCCGUCCUCCAGGAAGCUCUCCAAGAUCGACACCCUCAAGCUGGCCUGCACCUACAUCCAGGACCUCAAAACGCUGCUCAUCAACUCGCACAUCAUGCCGCACGGGGAGGACGUCGUUUAUCACCCGGACGGCUACGCCACCACCAGCCCCUCUCCCGUCUACCCCGGAGUCCACGUAAAGGCGGAGGCUCGGUACGCAGUGUCCCAGGACUACCCGGCCUCAGCCUGCACCUACCCUCCCUUCAGAGUGCAGCAGUCCUACAUCUCGGAUCAAGACUUUAGUGCCUCGGAACCAGAGAACCCCUCACCACCUUACUAUGCCCCAAGCUCCCAGGCGUCUGCAGCGGUCAUAGCAGUCCGACCACUGUCUCUCAGUCGAACAGCCAGCGACUCUGCUGUCUCGGUCCACAUGCAGGCUGCCCAGCAAGUCAGCAUGAGCAGCCAGCAGCUCCCUCAGUCAGUCCCCUACCCCUGCCAUGCUCCGUCCAGCUGCCCUUCUCUCGCAACAGUCCAACACACGUCUCUUCCAGUAGCCCCUGCUGUCACAAGCCCAAUCCAAGGCCACUCCUCCUUGCCUUGGCAGAGAACUGGUAGCGUUCCAUACCCUUGUGUGUACAGUCAAUAGAAACGGUCACUAUCGAUUCACUCUUAGUUUUUUCCUGUUUUUUUGUUGGUUUUUCUUGUGCUGUGCUAGGGGAUAAGUAUUUGCUAUCAAGUUCAUGUCCACAUGACUAACUUUUAUUCGUCCUUCUCAUCUAAUUUUUUUCAAUCGCAAUCCCUUUUACGCAUGUGCCAUCUUUUUUGUUUUUGUACAAAAUACCUGUUUGUGCUUUGUGUGUGUGUGAGUCCAAAUUUUCUCAGGUAUUUCAUUCAUCACUGCUUCAACCUCAGACAUGAAACAACUUGUUCAGUUCCGUGUAUAAUUGUGAUAAAAAAACUUUUGAAAUUAAGUUUGGCCCGUUCACGUUUGGAAUUCGGUGCAAACGUGAAGCAAUAAUCAUUACUGCGGG